GGACCCACGGACCCUAGCAGCCGCAGCAUCCUGGAGGAGAACAUGCUUGCCAACGCAGCCAGCGUGCGGAUCCUCAUCAAGGGAGGCAAGGUGGUGAACGAUGACUGCACCCACGAGGCCGACGUCUACAUCGAGAAUGGCAUCAUCCAGCAGGUGGGCCGGGAGCUCAUGAUCCCUGGCGGUGCAAAGGUGAUCGACGCCACCGGGAAGCUGGUGAUCCCCGGGGGGAUCGACACCAGCACCCACUUCCACCAGACCUUCAUGAAUGCCACGUGCGUGGACGACUUCUACCACGGCACCAAGGCAGCACUGGUUGGAGGCACCACCAUGAUCCUGGGCCACGUCCUGCCCGACAAGGAGACCUCCCUUGUGGAAGCCUAUGAGAAGUGUCGGAGUCUGGCUGACCCUAAAGUCUGCUGUGACUACGCCCUCCAUGUGGGGGUCACCUGGUGGGCACCCAAGGUGAAAGCGGAAAUGGAGACGCUGGUGAGGGAGAAGGGUGUCAACUCGUUCCAGAUGUUCAUGGCCUACAAGGACCUGUACAUGCUCCGAGACAGCGAGCUCUACCAAGUCUUGCGUGCCUGCAGGGACAUUGGGGCGAUCGCCAGAGUCCAUGCUGAAAACGGGGAGCUGGUGGCCGAGGGUGCAAAGGAGGCGCUGGAUUUGGGCAUUACCGGCCCAGAAGGGAUCGAGAUCAGCCGUCCAGAGGAGCUGGAAGCUGAAGCCACUCACCGGGUCAUCACCAUCGCAAAUAGGACUCACUGUCCAGUCUACCUGGUCAACGUGUCCAGCAUCUCGGCCGGUGACGUCAUCGCAGCUGCUAAGAUGCAAGGGAAGGUUGUGCUGGCCGAGACGACCACUGCCCACGCCACGCUGACCGGCUUGCACUACUACCACCACGACUGGUCCCACGCCGCCGCCUACGUCACGGUGCCUCCCCUGAGACUGGACACCAACACCUCAACCUACCUCAUGAGCCUGCUGGCCAAUGACACUCUGAACAUCGUGGCCUCUGACCACCGGCCGUUCACCACGAAGCAGAAAGCCAUGGGCAAGGAGGACUUCACCAAGAUCCCGCACGGCGUGAGCGGCGUACAGGACCGCAUGAGCGUCAUCUGGGAGAGAGGCGUGGUAUGUUUCCUGGGACCGCCCCCCCAACCCAAGGGGGGUGUUACGCCAGGAAUCCUUUCUGACAAAAUUCUUAGAGUUCUGGUUCUCUCUCCCUGCCUCCCCCACCCCAGGACGAUCUCAGCCAGCACCCAGGUGCAGGGAGGAGACGUCAACCUGUAUGAGAACAUGCGCUGCCACGGCGUGCCGCUGGUCACCAUCAGCCGGGGCCGUGUGGUGUAUGAGAACGGUGUCUUCAUGUGCGCUGAGGGCACCGGCAAGUUCUGCCCGCUGCGGUCCUUCCCGGACACUGUCUACAAGAAGCUGGUCCAGAGAGAGAAGACCUUAAAGGUUAAGGGAGUGGACCGCACUCCCUACCUGGGGGAUGUAGCUGUGGUUGUACAUCCCGGGAAAAAAGAGAUGGGAACGCCACUCGCAGACACUCCUACCCGGCCAGUUACCCGACAUGGGGGCGUGAGGGACCUUCAUGAAUCCAGCUUCAGCCUCUCUGGUUCUCAGAUCGACGACCAUGUUCCAAAGCGAGCUUCGGCUCGGAUCCUUGCUCCCCCCGGAGGCAGGUCAAGCGGCAUUUGGUAAAGGCACUGACCAGCCCCCCAAGUGAAGACGCACCGCCGCCACCACCCCACACACCUUCCGGCCAUCGCAGGGGCCGGAGAGGCUGGGCUGGGCAGCUCACCACCUUUGGGGGGGGCGGGGGGGAGCCCCACAGACUGGGGAACCCUUCCUACGUCUGGAGUGUACUUCACUGUGCUUCACGCCAACCCUAACAGGCACUUUGAAAUGUGUUCUUCCUGCUGUAGUCCUUUCCUGCCUCGGCCCCAGCAGGGUUUUCUGGGGGCCAGGACCCCCACACUAUGCACAGAGCCCGAUGCAUAGGCCCUAGCCCAACCCCUCCCCGGGAACUCCCAGGCUCCUGUGCCCCCUCCAGGCUGACCGCUCCGCAGCUUCGGGCUCUCAAAAGCACGGGCUCCCUUCCCCACCCCCUUAGGCCCAGGGUGGCAUUUGCCAGAUCCGGGAGGGCGUUUGCUUCCCGCCAGCCAUGCCCGGGACACCCUGUUCUUCCUGAUGCACCCCUGGCCCCGAGUGGGUGUGGUGGGGACUCCCUGCGCCCCUCGCCGGCUUCUCCUCCCCGUCUCCGUGUCCUCUGGGAGUCACAGACCAGGAAGGGUGGGCUGGACGGUGCGAGGCUGGUGCUAGGUGCGUGUCCAUGGUUUUGUUUUGCACGUUUGGUUUGCGCAGUGGUUUGGUUUGACUUGUUUGUGCAUCCUGUGGGGAAAACAAAAAACAAAAACAAUACAAACGGUGCUUCGUGUCGCUAGCAUAGCAUAGAAACAGGAAUAGAUGUGGUCGUAGAAGAUGCUGCACUCCACCCCAACCAGACAACCCCGGGCGGGGCGGGGCGGGGAGGAGGACUCACAGCCCUCCUCUCCCCACCUGCGCUCCUCCCGCCUGCCACCAGAGCCCCUAACCCACCCCCUCUCUCCUCACUACCACCCUCUCCGCCCAGUCUGAGAAGGUGCCUGGGAUGCUGGCCACUGGGGGACCAGGGAGCAGGUAGGCUUCCUCUUCUCUGUGCGGACCCACCCAUCCCUCUGCUUCCUGUAACUGUUCCCUACUGGACUGCUGGCCAUGCCUCCUGUGUGAUGGCCAAGGACCCCCCUAUCCCCCCACUGACUGCUCAGAGAGGGGGAGUGGAAGAGGGGCUGGAUGGGUGCCAGAGGAGAAGCCAGGCUGGCAGAGCCCAGCAGCCCACCCCACCCCCCAUCAGCGUGUGGUCCCCCUCGUCCAGGUGGUCUCCGUCCACCCUGAGGGAACUGGGGUGUGGCUCAGCCUAGGCCCGCCCUAUGACGCCUUGUCUUCACCUGGCAGAAGGGGUCUCGCGUUGCACGUUUGGUUUGAGCACCCAGCCUUGCAUGUAGCUCCCAGACACUGAGCCCCUGCCCCCCGGACCCUGCCCCUGGCCCUCUCGCGUGGUCCCCGUGUCCGAGCGUCUGUGUGCACGCUCCCAGGGGGUCUCCGAGAAGGGCGGAUGGUGGCACGCCCCCUGUUGCACAGCUGAGGGAAGCGAGGCCUCCAGACUCCAGAAGGGUCCGUGACUCCCCCUUACAGACUCGGCUGCCCACCCCAGCUGUGGCGUGAUUUCUGUUGCAGACCUCCAGCUGUAAGACAUAUCCCCUUGAUAGGCACUUCCGCCGUGUUUGCACAGGUUGAUCGAUUUCUCUCACCUUUGGAGCCCACAGACUAAUGCAUCUUCUCUGUUCAAGCCAGGACUCAGUACACGCCAGGGGGGCCAGGAGGGGGUGGGGUUGCCCUGGGCUUUGAGCUGCUUCCACAGUUGCCCUUCUAUCAUCAUGCCGACUCGCUUCCCUUAGUGGCUGGGAGUCCAGAGGUGGUAGCCCACGGAACAGACACAACACUACGGCUCGUGGAGGGUGGCAGUCAUGGGACAGGAGGUAGGGCCAGGACACCAGCCCCUGGCAAGAUGGGCAUCGUCCUGACCCUUCAACCCCCGCCGCAUCCCAGGCCUUGGGCAGAUGCCCAAGAGCAGCUGCGCAGUGGGUCAGCUCUGCCUUCUCGGAGGUCCUCCCAGCGGGGGUGGUCGGAGAGAAGCAUGGUCCCCAACACUGGGAGACCAUGCCUGGGCGCGGUCCACUCCAGGACUUUCUCUUCCUCUAUCCCCAGCCCAUACCUGCCUAGAAUCCCACCUUUGCCCCGGAGCUUCCAAAUGGAAAAUCAGGGGGAAGUGCAAGGAACCAAAUGACUGGUCGGCCUCCACCCCCCACUCCUUGCCCCGACCCAGCUGACUCCAGGUCGGUCUGGAAAGGGUCUCUGGUUGCAGUGAAUGCAGCUCUCGAACUGGUCUUGUACAUGCUAAAUAAAUACUGUCGUUCCUGCCGUAGCUGCUCUCUAGGUUUGUGGAGUUACCAGAAAGAAAAUUAAUAAUAAUAAUAAUAAUAAUAGUUGUGCUCGUGUGCGUGUGUGUGCGCAUGCGCGUGCGUGUGUGUGUGUGUGUGUAGGGCUGGGGGGCCACAGUCGGUCUCUGUCAAACCAGUACUGAGAUGAGGCCUUUUCCAGCACUGACCCAGAAACCACAGAGCCACGCGGCAGCACCAACCCCCAUGCAGCUGCCCAGGAGCAGGCACAGCCUGCGGUCAGAAUGAGCCUCCAGGACCCAAGUGACUUCCUCUCCCCUCUGUCAAUGUCAUGGUGCUAAGACUGUGUCGACCCCAGACGACACAGGGUCCUUCCUAGCUGCGGUUAAAAACAAAACACCCCGACACGUGUUCUGGUGCAGGCUUGUAUUAAAGGGUAGCUACUUCUCA